AUGAAGCAUAAAUCUGUCUUAGGAACCAGUGUUGUUAUCUCUCGAGGAUCCCACAUAGUUCUGGUUUCUUGUGACUAAACCCAAAACUUAUAUUAUUCUCUUAUUUUGAUGUUUGGCUUUAACGAUGAUAUCACGAGCCCUCUUAGUGCUCAAAUUUUUGAAUUUUGUGAUCCGCAACUGUUUCAAGAAACCUUCAAUCAGUCCUCUGAAGUCACCUCUACUUCAAACAUUCUUGACAAAUCUGGGAGCGGCCAUGGCAAUAACAGUGGUAAUUCAAAUACCAACACAACCACAACAACCGAGAAUAGUAACACCUACACAAACAACAAAUUUCAAGAUGAUGAAGACGACAAUAUUAAUGCAGAUAUGUCCACAAUUUUCGAUUCACAUGAAGAUUUUGAAAACGACAUAGUCGCUUCAAUCGAUUUCUCAUCAUCCUCUAUGCAAUAUCCAGCUCUAGAUCAUCUCCUUACAAAAACAAAUGAAGACCAGUUUGAUUUCGCACCAGGAGUUCAAGCUGUUCAUCAGCUUCCUAACAUAUCAUACUCUGGAGACACUCUGACUCUACCACAUGUUCCCUCUUUAGCUCCUCUUCCUUUACCAUUAGAGGUUUUCGAAGAAGAUUGUCUUUCUUCUGUCCCAAGUUACAAUAUUGGCUUAAACCCUACUUCCCCUUUCUUCCGUACAUCCGGUUUACCAACAUAUAUGGUGAAUAUGAACACCAGUUUAUUAUCUUCUGAUAGCAAUUCCGGUUUAUAUCCUGGUUAUGUUCAUCCGGGAUCGGAAUUCAACAAACCAUAUGAUCAAUUGUUGGAUUUUCAAGCUGAUAAUGGUGGAUUAUUCCGGUUUAAUCCAGACGAUCUCCAGGCACUUAAUAGCAUCGAGGACCAGAGCCACUUAGUGGUACCUCAGACGCAUCCACCAUUAGGACCGGUCGAGGUAACCGGUUUAGAAGACUCUACGUUAAAUAAAGUAGUGAAACUCUCCUCCGAACAAAGGAAAGAGAAGAUUCAUAGGUACAUGAAGAAGAGGAACGAAAGGAACUUUGGCAAGAAAAUCAAGUAUGCAUGUAGGAAAACAUUGGCAGAUAGUCGUCCAAGAGUUAGAGGAAGAUUUGCAAAGAAUGAUGAAUUUGGUGAACUACAUAAACAUGGUUCUUCAAGCCAUCAUUAUGAGGAAGACGAGGACGGUGUGGGAGUGAAGGAUGAGGAACAAUUACUAGAUUCUUCAGACAUUUUUGCACACAUUAGUGGACCUAAUUCCUUCAAAUGCAACUACCCAAUUCAAUAUUGGACUUGAUUUCAAGUCCCACAUCUUAAUUAAAGACUCAUGUUUAUAACAUGAUUCUUAUAGUCUUAUAUGUAAGUUAAAUAGUACUUCUAUAGAGCUAUUACUUGUUACUUAAUUAGUAUAUUGAUCUCUUUUUUUUGUAUAUUGAUCUUUGUAACAAAACAAACGAAUAACUAAAAAGAAGAAGAGUAUAAAGCGCUUAGGCAGGUUUGGAUGAAAUAAAA